AUGGUUGAUGUCGUCACGCUCUCAUCAGACUCUGAAGAUGAACUUGUCGAUUUCAAAAAAACUCCGAAAAAGUUGAAAGUUUGUUUUUUUCCUGAUACAAUAUCCUUGCUGAGGUUUUUCAAGGCGAUUUUGUACUACAAGAACUAAAAUUCUUUCGAAAAUGGCUUUUCGUCUCAAGACCCGGAAAUAGGCCAUGCUCCUUUAAACCUCGGCUAGGAAUCUUCGGACAGGUUAUUCAGAAAAAAUGUCUUUUUCAGAGACUCUCCAAGGGAUCGAAAAGCUCAAGUCCGAAAAAGUCGAUAAAUAUUGAAGGGGUCCCCAAAUCUUUUUCCUCGGAUUCGAAAACGAGGUUUUUUUUUAAAAGGAAUAAUAUAAAAAAAUAAAAAUUAUUGUUAAAAAUGUGUUUUUUUAUGAUUUUCUACGUCUUCAAAUUGCUUAAGAGCGCGAGAAUGGUCCCUAUAGGGAAAAAACGAAGAAGUGGUCCCUAGAGGGCUAAAAUUCAGGUGUUCCCUACAGGGAAUUAAAUUCUGACCCACGAGCUCCUAAAGCUUAAGUGGUUCAGAACAAAAAUUGACAAAUGCUACCCUAGAGUGACCACUAAAAGAACCCCCUAGCCAUUUUUUGCAAGCUUUAGUGUCCCCUGUAGGGAAGGUGAAGUGGUCCCUUAAGGGGAAACUUCAAGGGACCCUAAAGUUGCCCCUAUAGGAAUAACUCUGAAGUUCUUAAGUGCAUCAGACUCUUUUGGUUUUGGAUGUUUUCAAGUCAAAAACUGAAAAAAAAGCAUUUUGAAGAAACUUGAAAAUCAUGAAAAAAAGAAAAAUAAAAUAAUAUUUUGCAGAUUUUCAUUCGGCGUCUGCGGAGACGACAGCUUUCUGGACAUUCCUACAACUUCCAAAUGGAACUUUUCUCCGAACAAAUCGGAUAAAAAUGAGGAAAAUAUCAGGGAAUCCGAUUCCCCGGACCUCUUCGCCAAACCUCCUUUGGACUAUAAAAGUCCAAAUAAGGUUUUUUUUUUUGAGAUUUUUGGGUUUUUGAGAGUAAAAUGAAGUCGGAAUGGUGGAUAAUGGCCACUAAAAGGGAGAGGCUCAGAAAAGGCUGCAAAAAGGCUGCAGAAAGGCAACAAAAUAGGAGCAAAAAGGCUGAAAAAUUGGUCCCUUUAUCGAGCCUCCCAUUUUUCUGAGAUUUUAAAAGCUCAAGAAAUGGUGGAAAAAGGGAAAGGUAGCACAAAAAGGUGCAUAAGGGCUGAGAAAAUGGCCCAAAAAGGCAGCAAAAAAGGAAAAUUUAUAUGAAGCCUUUUCCGACUUUUCCUAUGGUUGAAAAAUCAGAAAUUUUUCUUGUUUUUGACCUUAUUUUGAUUUUUCAAAACAUUUCCAUCAUUUUCAAGCCAGAAAAAAAUCUGAAAAAAAUAUUUUUUCAACUUUCUUGAGCUCCAUUUUUCUAUCAAAUCGAUAAGAAAUGUCAUUUUGAAGUUUUGAAAAAAAUUCAAAAAAAUUUUGAGAAUACCUUGAAAUUUUUCAAGCUUUAUUAUAAUAAAAAAAUGAAAGAAAAUAUAAAAUUUUGAUUUGAAAAAAAGAAAAAUUUUUGAAAAAAAUGACGCGAAACGUGUUUUUACGAGUAAAAUGACGUUUUGUUUUUCCGACCAUUUGUUUAUUUAUUUUUUUCUCCGAUAUAAUUUUUUUCAAGUAAAAUUCUUAUAAAUAUAAUGAAAAUGGUAGUUUUUUUAAGAAAAAGAAUUAUCGAAAAUCGGCUUUUGCUCUCAUAUAAAAAAAUUUUAUCCUAUUUUUUUCUAAUCCACAGAUUUUUUUGAAUUUUUUUCAGUUUUUUAAAUUUUUCAGCUUGAUCUGCACAUAAAAAAACCGAUUUUUCCAUUUUUUUCAAGCAAUUUUUUUGGCGAGAAUUGUAGAAAGGUUUCAAUACAGUUUUUGAAAUAUACAAGAUUAUGAAAAAAAUUUCGGGAUACAAAAUAUAAGAAAAAUGGAAAAAAAUCGAGCUAAAAUUGACAUUUUAUAUUUUUUUCGGAUUUUUCAAGGCUAUCGAAACUUUUUGAAAGCCUUUUUUUACAGGUAAAAUUCGAUUUUUAAGUCAUUAAAGUUCCAUUUUUUUAAUCAUAAAGAUUUUUCAAAACUUUUUAAAGACUUCUUAGAACUUUUUCUUCUAAAUGCUCUACUUGAUAAAAUUAAUUCUAUAUCCCUUUUUCAGAAAAUCUCCCCGUUGGCAAACCCUCCAAUGCCAAAAAAUAGAAAACGAUCUUUUUCGGCUAUUUUGCCAUCAGAAGCGGAAAAAUCAUCAAAAUCCGGGAAAAAUCUGACGAAAUCCAGUGAGAAAAAUUGACGAGUUCGCCUUGACCAGCAGCGAUGAUGAGGUUUGAUUUUAUAAUAUUUAUUGAGAAUUUUUCGAACAUUUAGAGGGAAAAAUUCAGGUAAUCUCAUUUUUUUCUGUAGAAAGUGUGAAUAAGGUUUUUCCAAAAAAAGACAAUUUUUUUGUAAAAGAUUUUUGAAUUUUUCUUCCUGAAAUUCUUUAUUUAUUUAACUUAAAAAAAUUUAUUGAUAAAUUUACAUAGUAAAUUAUUGGAAAGCAUUUCAUAAGGCCUAUUUUUCAGAAGAAUAUCUUUUUUUGGCAUUUUUUUGGAGAAUUGAGUGAAAAAAACUUUCGAAAAAAAUUUUCAUUUUUUUCCUUCCAAAACGACCAUUAAAAAUUUUUUUCAAAGCUAUUUUUUUGGAAAUAUUUCUUUUUUUGGAACUUCUAUAAAAAUUCCUUUGUUUUUUUAACUUUUUCGAAAAGAAUAUUUUUUUGAUAAAUUUCCACUGAAAUAAGUGUUUUUGGAAAAUAAUUUUUUUCAGUAGAAAAAGGCUUUUUAAAGCUUUACUGGUGAUUUCAUUCAAGAAAGCUUUAUUUUUUUUUGUCAUUUUCAAUUUUAUUGCAUCGAGCUGGAUAAGAAGAUUCUAAAAACCGACUAGAAAUAGAGAAAAAGACAAAAAUUCCAGAAAAAGGAUGAUUUGGCCCUCCGCGCAUUGAUAAGUCCUAAUAAAAAACGAACAAAACGAGGGGAAAAGGUACGUUUUUCUUAAUUUUGAUCCUGAAAUAUGCUUCGAUUUCAGAAAAAUUUGAUUCAAAAUGAGUUUUUCGGCGUUUAUUGUCUGAUCAGCCGCAGUCCCAGACCAUGUUUUAAGGUACCUUUUUUUGGAUUCUACGAAAAAUCUUGCUUCAAAAUGAAGAAAAGGUUAAUGAAAUCGAUAAAAUACUGAUUUUUGUGGUCAAUGAAUAAAAAAUUGAGCAUAGAGUCAAUUUGCUGUUUCAAAAAAUUUUUUUUUUUUUUUUUUCAUUAACUUUUCAGUGGGCAAGGCAUUUCGCCAAAAAUGGUCAAAAUCUCAAUUUAAUAUAUUUCGAUUUGAGGUCAAAUUAAAAAAAGGUUGAAAUAAGAUUUAUUGAAAAAAAAAACACUAAAUCUCCUAUUUUGAGCCGCAAAUAUUAGGUUUUUCGAAACCUAAAACCUACAAUAGAGAUUAUAUUUUUGACGGAUUUUGAAAGGAUCAGUGGGCUGUUCGAGAAACGGGUAUUGAAAUUGAUAAAUGGCUCAUUUUCAGUUUACUGUUUCAGAAGCCAUUCUAGAGGAAAAAAAUUCUUUGGUCAAUGUUUCUGUAGGUGACCGUUUUUUUCAAACAAAAAAAUAAAAAUUCCGUUUUUCCUUUGAAAAAUUGUUGUCCAGUCUCAGUUAUAGGGUAUUUUUUUCGAUUUUUUUGGAUCAAUUUAAAAAAAUAUUGCAUAAAAGUUCGAUUUUUCCGAGCAAAGGGACUGCAAAUUGAUGAAAUGCUCAUUUUUUUGAUCGAAUAAUGAUUUUUAAACAUACUUACUGUUUCAAAAAUCACUCGAAAAAAAUAAGUAAUCAGUUUUAUCAAAGUUACGUAAGGAAUGCUCAUUUGUGUACACUUUUCCGGCCAUCUGAUCCCUUUUUUUUUUGAAAAUGGUGUUCCAGACCCUGUUCUAGGGUAUCUCUUUUGAUUUUUCGGACAAAUUUCGAAAAAAUAUUGCAUAAAAGUUCGAUUUUUCCGAGCGAAAGGACUGGAAAUUGAUGAAAUUUUCAUUUUUGAAAUCAUAAAGUGGUGAUUCGAGUUAUUAGUUUAAAUAGUUUCAAAAAUUACUGAAAACAAAAAAUGGUUUCAUCAACGUUAUAGUAGAAAAAGAGUACACAAUUCCGGUUAUUUUGGCCUUUUUUUGAAAGAUCUGAUCCAGGUCAGGCCAUGUUUCGAAGUACCUUUUUGAUUUUAAAUCUUUCCGAAAAGUCUUGCUUUAAAUAAAAAAAAAUAUAACUAAAUUUUCCAAGAAAUCGAUUGAAAUAUUCAUUUUGAGGUCAAAUAUCAAAUUAAACACAUAUUUACUGUUUAUAAAAUCACUCAAAUAAAAAAAUAUUCGCUUGAGCAACAUUUUUAGUUAACCUCAUUUUUUUGCACACUAUUUCAGUUAUUUUUGGCCUGUUUUUCUUGCAAUUUGUGAUUUUUUUGAGCUGUAUGAAGUUCUGUCUCUUGAAAAAAAGGUCCAUUUCAAAAAUUCUAUUAAUUUUUUUAUGAAGUUUUAAAGAGAUUUCUAUUAUAAUUUGCAACAAAAAAAGUGUUUCGAAGCAUUUUUGAGGGUUAUAUAAUCAGGAUUCCUGAUUCGAAGACUCAUUAAUAGUUUGUAGAAUCGGUGUUAUAUUGGCUAUACGGUUGAUCCGAAUAGGAGAAUCAUGCAACACAAUGGAGGAAGAGAGAAAGGAGGCGCCAAGAAAACGGACAAUCGAGGCCCGUGGUUCGUUUCACCUUUUUCAGCCCGAAAUUCAAUUUUAAAACGUGGAAAAAUGUUCAGAGCAGUGCUUCUUGUAGAAAAUGGUGUUAGAAAUAAUAUUCAAAAAAAAAUCACCUAUUUCCGGGAAAUUGGUGAGAAAUGAGUGAUUACUGUUUCAAGUUUUGUUCAAAAACACCUUUGUCCUUUCUUAUUAGUGACCCUAUUAAAUUCAAAAAUCUAGAAUCGAUUUUUUUUUUUUUCUUUAGUUUUUUUAAGUUCUCUUAUUUUUCAGAGGAUUUGCGAUUUUUUUGAGAAGCGAAUUAGGCGGAAAAAAAUCGGGCGAUUCCGGCCUUUUUCCUUUUUUUCAGAGAAAAAAAUCUGAAAAUGGCAAAAAUUUCGGAGGAAAUAUAUUAUGAGCGAACAAAGAUCGGAAAUACCUUCGAUAGAAAAAAAAUCGAAAAUUACCUACUAACAAAAAAAUUGAUGGGAAAUAAGGGAUUACUGUUUCAAAUUUCGUUCAAAGUUGUCUUUUCUUUUUUUCAAUGCUUUCAUUUUUCAGCACGUUCUAAAUAUCAUUUUUUUAUGAUCCCCACAUUUUUUUCAUGAUUUUUCAAGAUUUUUUUGAGAUAAAAAUAAAAAAAGCAGUUUGGAAACACCUUCGAUAGAAAAAAAUGAAAAAAAUUACCUAUUAACAAAAAAAUUAAUGAAAAAAAUGAGUGAUUACUGUUUCAAGUUGUCUUUACUUUUUUUCAUUCAAUGCGUUCAUAAGGCUGGGAAUUCUGAGUACUAUUAUUUUUUUCUGAAGGUUUCAUUAUCCUCAUAUUCUUUGACGUUUAAAUUCUUAGGUUCUUUCUAUCGAUUACUUCGGAAACGUCUUCGAUAGAAAAAAAUUCAAUUAAAAUUCAAAAUUACUCAUUUUCGUGAAAUUGGUGAAAAAAAUGAGUGAUUCCUGUUUCAAUUUCCGUUCAAAAAUGUCUUUUCUCAAUUUUAUCAAUGCGUCCGGUGAUAUAAAAGCCUAAUGUGAUUUUUUUUUUUGACGUUUUCGAAUUCUCCCCUUUUAUUGAUUCGAUUUUAAAAAAUGAAAUUUGAAAAAUUUUUAACAGCAGUUUUUUUUUUGAAAUACUCUUCAUAACUGUACGCAUUCUGAAAAAAAUAAACUUGGAAAAUAUAAAAAAAUAUUCAUCAUUUCUAACGGAGUAGAUAUUAUUAAAAUCACGUCCAAAAUUAUCUAUGAAUAAUUUUAAAGAAACCGGAAUCUUAUCUGAAAAACCAUUUUUUGGAGAUUUUCCAAAAAAAGUUUUCUGUAAAUUUGCUCAUUUUUGAAGUUGCGAAAUGAAUGCUUCCAGCCUUAUUUUGUGUAAAAUUUAUAGUCCAGCGAAGAUUUUUUGAGAACAAUUACAGAAUUUUUCCAGAAACUCCAUAUUUUCCCAGCAUAUUUUUCUGAAAAUCAAAUAUCUUCGAAAAAAAGAAAAAUGUUCGCAUUUUAAAGGGACAUGGUCUGUGUGGUGCACGGGUUCCCGAAUUCGGUGGCGGCCCUUCGAUUUGAAUGGGCCUGGCAGAAUCCCAACGUUUCCAAGGUUCAUUUUUCGAGGCUUUGCGGAAGUUUUUAUCUAAAAUAAACAGUGAGAAUGAAGAAAAUUCCAGUAAAAUUUAUAUUUUUUUGAUUUUUAUCGAAGAUUAUUCGAGUUUUUUUUUGUACCUGUUGUAUUUUUUCUACAUUUUUAACUCAAAAGAUGCUGAAAAAAAAAAUUCGACUUUUCUGUAGCUUAUUCCCAAGCUUUUUGAAAAUUGAGGGUUUGAAAAAAAAGGAUAUUUUGGCAAGAAAAGCAAGUUUAGAGUCGAUUUUAUCCGAAUUUUUGUGUUUAAUGACAAAAACAUUAUUUCAUCUAAAAAAAUUGACUUUAAAUAACCGAAUUUUUGACUAGAAAAAAAAUUUUUUUGAAGGUAAAAGUUUGCCAAAAAAAGCCGCGAUUCCUUCAUUUUAAAGCUUCAAAUUCGAUUUAUAACAUUAAUUUUUGUUUACUUCAGAACAUUUCGGAUUAUUUUCUCAAUUUCGAACCGAAACGUUUGGAAAAAAACCAUUUAAAAAAAUGAUGAAGAAAGUUAUUUUUGAACUUUCAAUUAUUCAUUUUUUUACUGCCAUUCAAAAAUAAGAGUGAGAGAAAAUAUAGAUUCAUAAACAUAUAUUUUCAACUUGAAACCGCAAAACUCCAUUCCUUCAGAAUAUUUUUCCAGGUCAUCCGACAUCAUGAGCUGAAAAAGGGAAGAAAAGAAACGCCCUUUGCAUUUCAGUCAGUUAUUUAAAACCAUUUUUGACUCAAUUUCUCAUUUUAAGACUUCGAAUCGCCUGUUGUUUGAUCAAUAGCAAGCCGUUCUCGCGAUUCGCCUUGACCUUUCGGUGGCUGGAAUUGGUAAUAUAA